GGUGGCCUUUUGGUAGUCAGUGCCUCCAUAUAAAGAUUGGAUUACUUGCUCCUUGUGGCUCCAGUUCUUUUCUCUUCGAAUAAGAGGGGAAGAACAUAAACUACCAAGAUUUUUUGAAGGGGAAGAUGGAGGACAAGAAGGAGCAGAGCAACGCGUGGAUGUCCGUGCCGGCGUUCGGGGACUGGGACCUGAAGAACGGGAUGCCGGACUACUCCUUGGACUUCUCCAAGAUCCGCGAGACGCGCAAGCAAAACAAGAGGGACAUCUCCCGCACCAGCCUCGGCAACGAGGACGACCUCAACCCGCAGGACCACCGCCACCAAUCCCAGUCGCGGGACCAUCACCACCGUCCCCGUACUCCCCCCGUCGAUCUCCACCGUCCGCACCACCUCCAUCGCCGCGACAACUCCCCCACCGGGAGGAAGAAGUUCAUGAGCUACUUCCAAUGCUGUAUACGAGCAUGAGAUGCUGGCUUCCGCGAUGGCUGCAUGCCUGUGGGAACUCGGGAUCAUGACACCCACAACCUCCAAGUUCUUUUUUUUUUUUUUUUGGUGUGGCGAUGUAUGUUUGUGGGCGAGUACUUGUUCGCUAUACAUGCUUGAAUUGUCUUUCCGGAAAAGAACGAAGUAUUUACCUUUCCAGUUCAUGCUUAAGUAUUUAAUUUCAUGCUUGGAAUGUUCGUAUA